UCACAAGAACACAAGAAACGGAGGGGAGGGAGAUGGGGGUGUUGAGGAGCACGGCCAGCUUGGAGGCGGAGAUCGAGGAGAUGCGGGAGACGCUCCUGCGAAGCGGGGGGAGCGGGAGGGCCGAUGUGCUGAAGGCGGAGCCGGGAGGCGUACGACGGAGGGUGGUCGGUGACGGCGGGGGUGGCGACGCGCGGACGGUGUGCGUCACCGGGGGGAUCUCCUUCAUCGGCUUCGCCGUCGUCAACCGCCUCCUCGAUCGUGGUUACACCGUGCGCCUCGCCCUCCAAUCCCAAGAGGAUUUGGACAAGCUAAGGGAGACGGAGAUGUUUGGCGAGAUGGGCAGGGACGGAGUGUGGGCGGUGAUGGCCGACGUGAUGGACUUGGAGAGCUUGCGCCAAGCGUUCGACGGUUGCGCCGGGGUGUUCCAUACCUCAAGCGUGGUCGAUCCGGGGGGUCUAUCUGGUUACACGAAGCACAUGGCGGACAAGGAGGUGAGAGCAGCGGAGCUGGUGGUUGAAGCCUGCGUGAGAACCCAAUCGGUCCGGAGAUGUGUCUUCACCUCCUCCCUUCUAGCUUGUGUUUGGCGAGAGAACACCUGUACUCGUAGUAGCCGUCGCGCCACCAGUGUCGACGAGAACUGCUGGAGCGAUCAAAGCGUAUGUCGUGACAGAAAGCUAUGGUUGGCACUUGGCAAGACGAUGGCAGAGAAAGCGGCAUGGCGGGCGGCACGAGGAAGGGACUUGAAACUGGUGACUGUUUGCCCGGCCCUUGUCACCGGACAUGGUUUCCGCCGUCGCAACUCUACCAGUUCCAUUGCCUACCUCAAAGGAGCUCGGCAGCUGUUCACGGAGGGGUUGCUCGCCACCAUCGACGUGGAGAAGGUCGCAGAGGCUCACGUAGCAGUCUACGAGGCAAUGGACAGCACUGCUUGUGGUCGGUACAUCUGCUACGAUCACAUCAUUCGAAGCGGGCAAGAAGCGGCCGAAUUAGAGCAGCAGCUUGGCCUCCCCGGUAGGAUAUCCGGGGACGCCCACGCCGACCACCCUACCUGGGUGGAGCUCUCCAACCGGAAGCUCUCCAGGCUGUUGGCUUCGAGGAGGAGGUGUGGAUACGAUAGAUACUCCAUCUUGCAGGGGUAACCCUGCCGGAAUACAACGUAUGAGACUGCUAAUGGAGUGUUAUGAGAUGACCGCCGUUGGUUUUGCGAGCCAGAGGGAGGGAAGCUUUUGUACAUAAAUUAGGACGAUAAAAAUACUGCAAAUUUAGCUUGAGCUUGAUCUUCUU